CUUCUACCCCACUUUACGAACUGCAGCAGAUUUUAUAUUUGUGCCCACGGCCAGGAAGUAGAGAUGAGCUGUGCUAGCGGUACAAUGUUCGAUUUUCCCAUUCAGUCCUGUAACCAUAUGUGGGCGACUAAAUGCUACCUAAGAGAUAGAAAUGACGAAGAAAUCGAGUCUGGUUCGGGCGAGGAAGAGUUUUCCGACUACAGUUCUAGAGCCGGAUCUGCUCUUCCCAUCGUCCAGACACUAACGCAAGUACAGCCAUCAAAUACAUUGCUUGAUUGUAACGAUAUCAAUAUUGCAUCCCGGAGAUUCUCUUACAACGGAGACUGCCAAAGAUACUGGCGAUGUGUAGAUGGUGUUGCCAUAGCGCAAUACUGUUCUGACGGCCUCUUCUUCAACGAAUACAAACAGCAGUGCGACUUCGAAGCGAACGUCAAAUGCGAAGAUCAAAUCGACGAUGAACUGAGCACCGAAUUCAUUGUUUACAAAUAAAUACGUGCGCAUUAAUAGUAUAAAUCGUUUACGGAACGCUAUAUUAACCAUUUUAUAGGAGCGACUAGGAAACAACAACCAAAUGUCAGUGUCAAAUUUCGAAAAUGACGUUUUAAUGUCACUUUUGAUCAUGUCUCUAUUAUUGAUUUUUGUAUAUAUAAAAAAAAGUAAAAAUAACCAUAAGCUACGAAGAAACUCUAUCCCGCGUUUUCUUAUCAA